GGGUACCAUAUGUGUUGAUGUAAUUAAUGUUUAUAGUACUUGUUGCAUGCUGAGAAGACUGUCAAUAAUAUCAGCAUGAAUCGAUUAAGAUAUAGAAUGUGAAGUAUUGAAUUAUAAGAUAACACACAUUAUAAAACCAGUUCUUGGCCUUCCCGAGAACAUUAAGUCUAAAGGCUGUUACUCUUACAAAUAGUAUUGUGUAAAUUUAGUAGUAGAAGCAACACACUUAAAAGUAUUAAACAUAGUUAUAGCUAUCACGCGCGCAGAUAUUCAAAAGUUUAAAGCACAAUAUGGGUGAUACAAACGGUACAGAUUCCUCAUAUUUUUUGAGUUACGAGGACUUAGAAGUUCAUAAAUUGAUGAUUCAGGAUAGAGCUAGAACUGAAGCAUACAGAACAGCAAUACUUUCUAACAGAGAUAUAUUUGAAGGAAAAACUGUUUUAGAUGUAGGAUCAGGAACAGGGAUAUUAUCUAUAUUUUGUGCACAAGCUGGAGCUUCUAAAGUUUAUGCAGUCGAAGCUAGUAAAACAGCUGAAUUAUCGAGGAAAAUAAUUGAAGAAAAUCAUUUUUCUGAUAUCAUUGAGGUUGUAUACAGUAAAGUGGAAAAUUUGACAUUACCCUAUCAAGUAGAUAUAAUUGUAUCAGAAUGGAUGGGUUUCUAUUUAUUACAUGAAAGUAUGCUUGACAGUGUUUUGUAUGCACGUGAUCAAUUUUUAAAACCUGAUGGGUUGAUUUUUCCCUCUUAUUGUUCUUUAUAUGCUUCUCCUUGUUCUCUGCCAGAUAUUUAUUCUGAUUUAGACGAAAUUAGUGGUGUCAAGUUAAGAAGAUUUGCUGAAGCUCUGCGUAAGUCUUAUGAAAAUAGACCUAAAGUUAUGACAAUAUCAUCUGAUAACAUUCUCACUACUUCAGUUAAGCCAAUUUUCAAUUUAAAUCUUCGUUACUGUAAAAAAGAGCAAUUAGAUGAAAUUGUAGCUGACAAAUGUUUAACUGUUGUAGACAAAACUGGUAUUUAUCAAGGUAUAUGUUUUUGGUUUGAUGUUCAGUUCCCAGGUAAUGAAUAUACAUUGAGUACUGCACCAGAAGCACCAGAAACCCACUGGAAACAAACUAUUAUUGUAUUACCAACACAAAUGGAUGUGGAAGAAGGAGAUGCUGUAAUGUUCAAUGUAAAACUAAAACGUAACAAUUGUAAAACUAGAAGCUAUAGUAUAAGUUUAGACAUGUUAGACCCUGAACAAGAAACCCAUCCAACUCCAUGUAGUUGUAAAUACACUAAAUGUAAAAUAAUUAAAACAUUUUUAUCGGUAACUGAAAAUGAUAAUGAUGAUGUCGAUGACGAUCACAUUUCUGUAGAUGAAAAAAUUCAAGAAGAAAUAUAGAUGUAAUAAUAAAAAAUGUGAAGUAAUAAAAGACUAUUAGUUAUUUAAGAAAACAUUA